CCAACACCUCCCAUCUAUCCCCAAAUCACUACCACCAUCAGUAACCCACCCAACCUCUAUCAACAUGUCUCUCCGACUUCCUCUCCGCCGAAUCCACCUCUCCCGCGCGAUACUCCAGCGCCCAAUCCCCCACCACCCAUCCCCAAUCCGCUCCCUAACCACCGCCUCCCUCCGUCUCACCUCUCCCCGAACCGCAUCCGUCGUCUCCGAUCACCCCGGAUACACCACCACCACCACCACCACCAACCGCACCACCAACAGAACCUACUCAACCACACCCACACCCUCAACCGGAAAACCAACCGCCGACCUCAUCGUCGACGAACUCCAAGAACUCUACGAAGUCGCCAAAGACGAAUUCGAAAUCGCGACCGAAAGCACCGACUCCGCGACCAUCUACGCGGCCUCGGAUCGGGAAUCCGCGCGGGAUGCCCUCGAUGAACUUGUCGCUGUGUAUACGGUUUAUACGCGGGAUGGGUCGUUUGUGAGUCAGACGGCGGAUGCAAAGGGACAGGGGCAGGGGCAGGGGGUGGUACAGGGCGUGGUGGAUGUGGAUACGGGGUUGAAUCCGGAGGAGGUGGAGGAGGGGGUGAGGAGUGAGGUGAGGAGACGGGUGGGGACGAGGGUGAGGGAGUUGGUGGGGGCUGUGGAGGCGUUGGAGGAGAGGGCGAGUACGCAUGAUUAAUUUCUUUCACUAGUUUCUAUGGUUGGGGUUGAUCGUUGUAAUAAUCUAGGGAUGGGGUGAGAAAGACUAUUGUGGUGGUGGUGGUGGUGGUGGUAUGUUCAUUAGCGUAGUACACAUAAUCUGAUAGAUAUGAUAUGUGAGGAAUAUAACGUCGUCGUCCACUCA